AUUCCGAAGAAAGCAUAGUUAGUUCCGUCAACCCUCUGAGCUUGUUCGGUCUAAUGGCAGCAGCAUAAUAUUAAGCGAAGGGGGACGCCGAGAUUCUGCUUCUCUCUUGCGCACCACAGCCGCUCAGCAUCCGUUUCGGUUCCGGACCUGUCACGAUUAAUUGGUGAAUGCAUCUGUAAGAGCUAGCUUAGAUACACUGCUCACUCCAACUUGUGGUGAGUGUGGUGUUUUCUUUCGACUCCGAUGGCGAUAUCGAAUCCGGGAGUGCCCUCAAUCAAAUGGGCUCUGCGUGUUUUGGUUGUAUUUGUGCACACCUGUAAUGGGUUUUAUCUCCCCGGAAGCUACAUGCGUACAUAUUCGAAUGGGCAACAAAUCAUUACCAAAGUUAACUCCUUGACUUCUAUAGGCACUGGGCUGCCCUUGAGCUACUACAGUCUCCCUUAUUGCAAACCCCCUGAAGGUAUCAAGAAAAGUGCUGAGAAUCUCGGGGAACUCCUUAUGGGUGAUGAGAUCGAAACCUCUGCGUACCGCUUCAAAAUGAAUAAGAAUGAGUCUCUUUACCUGUGUACCACACCCCCCUUGACUAAGCACGACGUAAAGCUGCUGAAACAGAGGACGACCCGUGAUCUAUAUCAGGUCAAUAUGAUCCUUGAUAAUUUGCCUGCGAUGAGGUAUGCUUAUCGAAAUGGGGUUAAGAUUCAGUGGACUGGGUUUCCUGUUGGGUACACACCACCCAACAGUAAAGAAGAUUACAUCAUCAAUCACCUCAAGUUCACUGUUUUGAUUCACGAGUAUGAAGGGAGUGGUGUGCAGGUAAUCGGGACUGGGGAAGAAGGCAUGGGUGUCAUUUCAGAAGCUGAUAAGAAGGCAUCUGGGUUUGAGAUUGUUGGCUUUGAGGUUUCCCCUUGCAGCAUUAAAUAUGACCCAGAGGCCAUGAAGAAAAAAGCCAUGUAUGAAAAUAUCCAACCUGUAAAUUGUCCCACAGUGGUCAAAAAGUCUCAAAUAAUAAGGGAGCAAGAGAAAGUAUCAUUCACUUAUGAGGUUGAGUUUGUGAAAAGCGAUAUAAGAUGGCCAUCAAGGUGGGAUGCUUAUUUGAAGAUGGAGGGUGCUCGUUUCAAGCUUAGUCAAAUACCACGAUUCUAGGAGCUGUAAAAUCGUGGGCUGUUGCAUUUACUUUCCAUUAUCUUGUAAAGCCUUAAAAGGCCAUUAUCAUAUUUGAAUUGAAUAAGCAAAUCAUUCUGAAAAUAGUGUGCAUCAGAUUUUCUCUUUGCUCA